AGCAAAAGGAUUUCCAUGAUCCUCCAGUAUACCAGUGGGGGCCUUUUCCCCAACAUCACACCCUAGGUAAGAAAGUUCAAAUGGGUUCCCUCUUUAAAACAACGUGCAACCGGGGGGCUAGGAACUGAGUUUUGGUAUUUUGGUCAAUGCGUGGUUGAACUAAGUGGAACCCCCGUUUGACCUUGGCCCUGAGGAUACGAUGUGGAGCGACCGGACCUCGCUCUUCGGGAUUUAACACUGCCAGCGAAGUUUAAGGCAUGGAUGGCCACACAGACAAAGGAGGACAUGUUACCAGAAGAAGAUCAUCACUCUCCCGAGCUGUCAUCUCACUUAUCCGCGAGAUUUGCAUGCUCAAGCUUAUCAAUGAGCUGUCUGAUAAGCCGGAGUGGUGGCAUAAGGUUCGAGACGAUGAGAUUUCCAGCAAGUGGAAGAAAGAGGCUGAGCUGCGAAACAAAGCAGACUUGUACGAAAAGACUGGUUUCAUGCCUGUUUAUGACUAUACCACCGCCGUUAUCAAAUCGGACCGUAUACUGACACCUGGGCUGAGUAAAGCUCUCCAGGAGGGUGUCAGGCCGUUGGAAGACAUCCCCCCAGAGUUUAAAGAUUGGCAUCCCAACUCCAAAGAGCAAGUCCCGGAUCUUGUGCAUCCUUCUUUAUGGCCACUGAUCUAUGGCCGCUCCAGGGUCCUUGAUGACAGGGUCAUCGACGUAGAUAAUGCCUUUGCCUCUUGUGGUACCGGCGUCGUACUGCGCGCACCGGGUUCUGAGCAGACGACGCACAUCAUUGGAGAAGGCGGUUUCUUUGAGGACGAGGUCGUCGUGCUGUCCAACAAGUUUCAAUGGUCGCCAUGCGAUAUCGCGAGUUACAUCAACAACCUUCAUCCACAGGAACAUGCCCAUCUCUAUCCCAUCAUUGAACAGUUCAUCAAAAAGUCAUUACCAACUUGGGACAUCAUUUAUGAGCGUCCUAUUGGUAAGGAUGAAGAGCCUAGAUAUGACGUCGAGUCCUGGGAAGAAAUGCUGGCAGACGGUGAGGAAGAUGAUUGUGAGCCGGAUUAUUACGAACUGGGCACAGAGAAGGCAGAGGAUUAUAAGACGAAUCCAGAACGCAGAAAACUAGAUGAUGCUUACGCAAAGGACCAUAUGAGGAUUCAACCUUCAGAGGUGAAAGCAAAUGGGUUCUUCAACGGUAGCAAUCAAAUCCAGGUCAUCGUCAAGCUCGCUAAUAUUCACCUCACGCCUGAGAAUCCUGAGUACAGAGGGGGUUCGUGGCAUACCGAGGGCCUGCUAAAUGAGCAUAUUGUCAGCACGGCCCUCUAUUACUAUGACAGCGAGAACAUUACCGAUUGCACUUUGGAUUUCCGGACCUGCGCUGAUAAGGAAGACUUGGCUGCCGAGAUCUCCUACGAGCAAUACAGGCAUAAUCCCAUUGAGCGAACCUUUGAUAUCACCCUGGGAGGGAGUAUAUUUCAAGAUAUUGGUUCUUUCAAACUAGCUGACCCUAUGGAACCGGGUCAUAGAAAGAUCCUAGCGCUAUUCCUUGUCGACCCAGCAAUUCCCAUCAUCAGCACCUCCAACGUACCGCCGCAGCAGAAGCACUGGUGGACGACUCACUCGGCUAAGAAGCUGCGCUUGAGUCUGAUGGAGGAGCGAACAUCAUUCAAAGCAGAGGAUGAAUCGAGGUUCGAGAGGGUGGAGUGGAAUUUCUGCGAGCAUUGA